AUGAGUAGUAGUAGUAGGAAUAAUAGUAGUAGAAGUAAUAGCAGUAAGAGUAGCAGUAGUCGAAGUAAUAGCAGUAGAAAUAACGGCAGUAGUAGAAGUAAUAGUAGUAGGAAUAGUAAUAGUAGGAGUAACAGUAGUAGUAGUGGUGGUAGUAGUAGCGAUAACAGUGGUAAUAGUGGUGGUGGUAGUGGCAGUAACAGUAGUGAUAGUAGUAGUAGUAGCAGUAACAGUAGUAGUAGUGGUAUUAGUGGUAGUAGCAGUAACAGUAGUAGUGGUAGUAGUGGUAACAGUAGUAUCAGUAGUAUCAGUAACAGUAGUAGUGGUGGUAUCCAUGCUAGUGGUGAUAGUAGUAGCGGUAGAAGUAGUAGUAUCGGUAGUAGUAGCAGUAACAGUAGUUGUGACAGUAGUAGUAGUAGCGGUAGCAGUAGUAUUGAUAAUAGUGAUAGGAGUAGUACUAGUUAUAAUAGUAGUUGUUGA